UUACAUCGGCCAGUGUAGGACGAUCGUACGGAUUUUACCGGCUAAAUAAACUGCUGCGAUCAAAUCGAUUCUGGUAUAGCAAUCGCUUGUUAUAAAAGUUUACGUCGUUUGUGUUAGUUUGGGGAGAUUUUUUUUUUGUUGUGAGAUAAUUGUGUAUAUAUAGAUCUGACUUAGUGGGUAUGUUUUAAUUCACGUUUGAUGUAAUUUCGGAUUUCGAAGUGUCGGUGGUUAUGUUGAACGACGUUACAAGCAUUCAAAGUUAAAAGAAGUGAUAACUCUCGUUACGUAAACAAGUGUAUAAAAUAAUUCUAUGUACACAGUAUUAUCUUAAAAUAACUAAUAAAAUAUCUAAAUCUCAAUCAACAACAAUACUUUAUAAAUAAAAUACACAUUGAAAGACGAUACCGUAUAGAAGUAUGAAAGUGCAGUUUCAAGUGACAAGUCCUGUUUAGUGGAGUUAUUGAAUUGUAUUAAAAUUAAAAUGGAGAAAGGAAUAGCGUCUGUCAGCAGGACGAGGGUGGUUUUGUCUCAGGUUGUAGCAUGUUCAGCAUUAAACGUGCUGUUGGUUGGUCUUGGAAUGUCGAUGAGUUUUGUGACCAUGGUGCUGCCAGAAGUCCUCGACGCUAAAGAAGGAUUGUCCAUCAAUAAGAACCAGGCUUCGUGGUUUGGAAGUAUGGCAUUUCUAUGUCAGCCUUUGGGGAGUAUAUUUUCUGGUCCACUAUUGGAUUACUUCGGGAGAAAGAAAGCUCUAUUUCUCGUCAAUAUACCGCAUUUAUUUGCAUGGUUGAUGAUGUAUUUCGCAUGGGACGUCCCUAGCCUGUUUCUGGCCAAUGCUUUUCUAGGCAUCGGCAUCGGCAUUAUGGAAGCACCGUCUAUUACUUACGUUGGCGAAGUCAGUGAUGCCUCUCUGCGUGGGACGCUUACAACUUUGACAAACGGUUUCACAUCAGCUGGUAUGUUCAUGGCUUACCUCCUGGGAACAGUUGUGUCAUGGCGCGAAGCAGCACUCGUUUCGCUCACUGUACCUCUUGCUACCAUGUUAUUAGUCCUUUUUGUCCCUGAAACUCCUAUUUGGUUACUAUCGAAAGGCAGGCAAAAAGAAGCACUGGUUUCGCUCUGUCGUCUUCGGGGUUGGGUUGAACCGGAGGAUGUUAAAGAGGAAUUUAACCAGUUAGUGGAAUAUAGUAACAACAUAAGCAGAUGUGUUCUGUGCACCAAAGUACAAGAGCUGGAUAGUAAAAUCUGUAAACAUUCAUCUUAUAACUUUAUGAAGAGAUACAUUCUUAGACUGAAGCAUUUACUUUUUGUGAAAGAGACUAUGAGACCGUUCGGAUUAGUCAUGGCGUAUUUCUUUUUUUACACCAUGAGUGGUCUCUUGCCUGUUAGACCUAACAUGGUGAACGUGUGCAAGGCUCUGGGUAUGAAAUUUGACUCCAAAGCAAUUGUGGUCAGCGUCGCAUUGGUAUAUAUUGUGAUGAAUAUCGUAUCAGCUGUCGUAGUUAAGAUAUUUGGGAAGCGUAAAUUGAUCUUAUCAUCACUCUUCGCUUCAGCUUGUAGCAGUCUUGCUUUGAGUAUAUAUGCGGGAGUCGAGCUGCCGGUUAGCGUAUUUUCAUACGAACCGAGUACAUUUCCAAGUCAAACGGAAAUUAUUCCUGUUAUACUAUUUAUGUCGCUAGUGUGUUUCACCAGCUUGGGUAUACCAUGGAUCCUACUCUCCGAAGUCUUUCCUUUCAGGAGUCGUGGUAUGGCUACGGGAUUGGCUGCCGCUUUAAGCUACCUCAUUUUCUUCGCAGCAGCAAAAUCCAAUUACAACAUUGAGGAAAAUUUCCACAUGAGCGGCUCCUUUAUGACUUAUGCCAUACUGGGUUUUAUGGGCACGGUAUAUUUGUACUUCUUCCUUCCGGAAACUGAGCGAAAAACGUUAGCUGAGAUUGAAGCGUUCUAUAACGGGAAGUCGAAAAUAUUUGCAAAUGAUUUCGUUAUAAACGCUUUCAGAAAAACAAAAAUUGAGACGAACGGAGCCGACAAACCGAUGCUAGACUGCUGACAAUUGUUUAAUGAAAUUGUAUGUUUUUUUUUUUAAAUUAUUCUGAGUUAUAAAAAAAAUCAUUAUUGAAUGAAAACAUCCAAAUAAUUCGUGUGAACUGUGUGAGAUUAAAUUAUUUAAUUUUUAGAUUAUACAUAUAUGAACGUAUAAAAUGAUAAUAAACUUAUCUCCCGGCUGUUAGUUGAGAUUAUUUUCAAGUUCUUCGUUCCAUUUCUUAUUUUCCGUUCAUAGUGAUAAGAAAUGUUUUAUUCUAUAUUGUAAUUUCUUACAAUACGAUAAAUAUGGGGAGAGCACAAUAAAUAUGUUUAUAAUAAGGAUUAAAAUAAAAAAAAAUUAUGGCCGUUUGUUAUGUAUUUUUUUUUUAAUAAAAUAUUUUU